CCGAGCUGACGAGGCCGUAAGCCGGCCGGUCGCCGCCCCCCGCGAGGCCUCGCUUCAUUCGCAGCUUUUUAGUCCCUCCGGGGCCGAGCCGCUUGGUGGCCUUUUCUGGUUCUGAGGAGGAUCCCCUAGGCCCACGGCCCCUCCGCGAGCGCCGUCCCGAACACUCGGGAUCUCACUGGACACCUGUCGCGGCCUGGUGACCCGGGCUCGGAACCCUGGGCCGGCCGGGCCUGCGAGUGGGCUGGAACGGCUUUUGGGGCCUUGCGGUCCUGGGGCUGGCUGACACACCCCCUCCAGGAGCCUGGUACAGGUUUCACUCAUCAGCCUGGACUCCCUUGUUCCAGCUGACGUGUUUGACUUGUCAUACUCCUAAGGACGUUAAGUAAGGGGCUUCUGGACGCUUCUCUGAGCCCCGACCUAGAGCUAGACGUCCUGACCCCGGGUUGGAUCAUGGCUACAGCUCUGGACCCUCAGAUCGACGUGGAAGUUGAGGAGUGCCUCAUAAUGAAAGUGGAGAAGGACUCCGAGUGGACGUCGGAGCCCGUUUUGAAAGGAUUGGGCAGCACUGAAUGUGAGUCGUUUCGUAAAUGCUUCCGGCAGUUCUGCUAUGAGGAUGUGGCGGGACCCCAUGAGGCUUUCAGUAAACUCUGGGAACUUUGCUGCCGGUGGUUGAAGCCAGAAAUGCGUUCCAAGGAACAGAUCCUGGAGCAGCUGGUGAUUGAACAGUUUCUCACCAUUUUGCCUGAGAAGAUUCAGGCUUGGGCACAGAAGCAGUGUCCGGAAAGUGGAGAGGAGGCUGUGGCCCUGGUGGCUCAUUUGGAGAAAGAGACCAGACGACUGAGACAGCAGGUCAAUAGUCCCAUACACUCAGAGAAGCAAGCCCCUCUUGGAACUGCAUGGGAAGUAGCUAACUUUGAGCCAGAGCAAGUGGAGAUGCCACACAGGGUUGUUUCUCGGGAGGAAGCCAGAAGUCUCCACUCAGGACACCAAGAACAACUGAACCGAAAAAGAGAGCAUAGGCCCUUACCCAAGAAUGCUCACUCUUCUAUCUGGGUUCCUGUCCCUACUGAUGAGUGGAACACUGUAGAUCAGGAGGUGUCAAUUCAGGAACCAGUAAAAGAUGGCCACACAAUGAGAAGUUUUUCCCAUAAAAACAGUAUGCAUCAGAUUCCUACUCACAGAGACCUCUACCAAGAAAUCAGAAAGGAAAGUUCUGGGAGCGUGGUCUCCCUACGAGGCACAGUAUCUACAUCUAACAAGAAAUCCCAGUUGGAACAAAGAAAGGAGCCGUGGACUGUAGGUCUACAUUCUUCAAGUAAGAGGAACAGUAUCUUGCGAAGCAACUACUUCAAGGAGAAGUCGGUGCAUGCUGUUCAGAUCCCUGCAAGGAAUGCAGGGAAAGCAUGGCGAGAGCAGCAGCAGUGGGGUUUAGAAGAUGAAAAAAUCGCAGGUGUGCACUGGAGCUAUGAGGAAACCAAGACUUUUCUUGCAAUUCUCAAGGAAUCUCGCUUUUAUGAAACACUUCAGGCUUGUCCCCGAAACAGCCAGGUAUAUGGUGCUGUAGCUGAAUGGUUGCGAGAAUGUGGCUUCCUCCGAACACCAGAACAGUGCCGGACCAAGUUCAAAAGUCUUCAGAAAAGUUAUCGAAAAGUGAGAAAUGGCCACAUGCUAGAACCCUGUGCCUUCUUUGAGGACAUGGAUGCCUUGUUAAACCCUACAGCCCAUGCUUCAUCUGAUAACCCAAAGGCCAUGAUCUCUCUCCCCGGGCUAAAGAGAAUUGGUAUCAGUGCCAAAGAACAGGUCAGUUUGUUGGAGGAGGAAGAAGGAGCUGAUGAGUCUGAUGGUGAUGAAGUGAGCGUUGAGUUUAUUCGCAAGUCUGAAAUUCGUGCUGCCCCUGUCUUGUUUCAAAACCUGAGUGGUGUACAUUGGGGCUAUGAAGAAACCAAAACUUUUCUUGAUAUCCUUCGCGAGACUCAAUUUUAUGAAGCACUUCAAGCCUGUCAUCGGAAGAGCAAGUUGUAUGGGGCUGUAGCUGAACAACUUCGAGAGUGUGGUUUUCUCAGAACACCGGAACAGUGCCGAACCAAGUUCAAAAGCCUUCAGAAGAGUUACCGCAAAGUGAAGAAUGGCCAUGUGCUGGAAUCCUGUGCAUUUUACAAGGAGAUGGAUGCCUUAGUUAACUCUCGGGCAUCUGCCCUUUCCACCAACACUCGAGAAGAAAUCUCAUCACCUUCAAGACAAGAAAGAGAACAUAUUGAGGUUGAACCCCAAGAACCUACAAUCUGGGAACCCGAGGAGACAUCACAGGAUUCUGGCACUGAGAAAAUGAGUGAGGAGGAAAUUAUAGAAGAGCCAGAAUUUCAGGGCCCUACAGGUCGACUGCAAAGCCCAGCUGAUUUUGAAACUGGAAGUAGUAUUAAGGAAGACCCAUCACAGGUAAUGUAUAAGGACACAGAGCCCCAUAGGGCAUUAAUAGAAAAGUCUAAACGGUCUAUUUCCCAGAAUACUGAUCCUAGCAAAUACUGUAAGAGGGAAUGCAUCUCAGGAAGACAAUGGGAAAAUUUUCAAGGAAUUAGACAGGGAAAGCUGAUGUCACAGCCUAGAGAUACAGGCAAAGGUGUGGUACAUCAGAGGCCUUUUAUGGGUAAGAGGCCAUACAGACUUCUAAAGUAUGGAGAAAGCUAUGGAAGGAGUGCCCGUCUUAUGUGCCGGAUGACCCACCAGAAGGAGAAUCCUUACAAGUGUAGUGUCUGUGGGAAGUGCUUUGGUAGAAGCAGGAGCCUGAUCAGACACCAAAGAAUCCAUACUGGAGAAAAGCCUUUCAAAUGUCUUGACUGUGGGAAAAGCUUUAAUGACUCCUCAAAUUUUGGAGCCCACCAGAGAAUCCACACUGGAGAGAAGCCGUACAGAUGUGGGGAAUGUGGGAAAUGCUUCAGUCAGAGCUCAAGUCUUAUCAUCCAUCAGAGAACCCACACAGGUGAGAAGCCUUACCAAUGUGGAGAGUGUGGGAAAAGCUUCACAAACAGUUCUCAUUUCAGCGCCCAUCGUAGAGUUCAUACAGGAGAGAAUCCCUACAAAUGUGGGGAUUGUGAGAAGAGCUUCAAUAACUGCACAAGAUUUCGAGAACACCGGCGAAUCCACACAGGAGAGAAGCCCUACACAUGUGCUCAAUGUGGCAAACGUUUCAGUAAGAGCUCUGUCCUCACCAAACAUCGGGAAGUUCAUGUGAGAGACAAGCUACUGCCGUACUCUCCCUCUGUGUACUCCCCAGAGAACCUGCUGAAGGGGAAGAGUAAUGAGUUCAGGAAAGCUUUUUGACAGUGAGCUUGUCUCUCUCCACUUGUCCCUUUAGUCAUCUUAUCCUAGUCUCACUCUUGGAAGCAAUCUUCUCUUAGCUAUAAAAGUGCAGUUCCCAUGGCAAGCUCGAAAACAACAAAUAAGCUAGACUUCCAUCCUGUUCUCAGCUCUGCCUGUCUCCUAUAUGUAUUGAUUUCUUUAGUAAUGUGAAAAUGAUAGGGUUUUUUUUAAGUUAGAAUAAAAUUCUCUCCAGAAUGUUGAGGCCAAUGCUAUCAAAUUGCUGAGUUCAGCAACUUUCAAAAUCCUUCCAUGUGGGUAAGAACUCUUUUCAGAAGUGUGGAUGCUGAAAAUUUUUUAAUGGUGUUAUCGCCUACAUGAGAUCCUGAAAACAACUUGAUGGUGGAUUUUCAUAUCCAAGUAGAACUUUCUGGAGUGUGAUCAGAACUAUAUCGGAUCUCCAUCUUGGUUUUGAUGAUAGAAAAAGAGAUUGAAGAUUUUUAUCUUCCUUCAGAAGGCUCUGUGUCAAGACAUUGAUCCAAAUAGCUAGGAUAGAAUUCCCUGUGUUGUCACUGGUCACAUUGCUAAUGCCUAGUCCUCCACUGAGAGAAGCACUUGCUUGCCCAUCUUUUCCUGUUCCUAAAGACUUAACUCCAAGUGGCUGCUGCUUCUCCAGCUACAAACAAUCCCAGCUUCUUUUACUGUUCUCACAAAUCUUCUAUUUACCUCUUAAUUGUUCUGGGUGCUCUUGUCUGACUCUUCUGAACUACCUUGCCCUACUCAGCUGGGAUAGGAUGCAUGCUCUUGCUCUCAUUAAAAUAAAGUAAGAUUUCAAAGUCUAGUUCUACCCCACCUCUUCUCUGACUCUUAUCUAGAACAAGACUGAUAUGUUGACAUAUUUCAUACUUUCCAGCUCCACUUUUCAAUAUGAUAGUGUUUCUAAGAAUUUAAGACCAUAAGGAAUAAUGAGAUAGAGACCUGAAAUAUUUAAUGGACUCCUUGGGUCUGCUUUAGAUCAAAGAGCUACCUCAGUCCACGGUUGGCUGUUAGAUAUAUCAGUCCCUGCUUUGAAGCAUCUAGUUCUUUUCAGAGGAUCAUAAACCUAACUAUAGAGCCCCAAGUAAUUACACAGCUCUAUAGCUCACUCAGUGAAAGUAGAAAUAUUUAUGUAAACUUCUAACUGCAUUUUUCCCCAUUUUCCUAUUCAUCUGAAAAAGUUUCUUGGAUAAUCCUCUGGUAGUAACCAGGUAAAUACUGGCAGAAAAUUUCAGAUAUGGGGAUGGUUAACUCAUGUAAAUACAGAUGAAACCCAGGAAUUCGAUCUUCAAAAAUCAGUAAUUUGAGGAUGAGGCCAGUGGCAUUAACACCUUUAAUACAUAAGUAACCCAGUGUAGAUUUUCUUUAGGAAGGAAGAAGUCCCAAGUUUAGUGGAACAAGAACCAGAAUCACGAUUGUGUUGUCUAAGUUAUUUUUUCUCCUUUUGUCAAAUGCUCUCUCAUUUAAAGACAUCUAGAGAUAUUUUUUAUUUGAAUAUAUUCCAAUCAUUUGAAACCUGUUCAACAAAGUAUCAAGGAGGAUAGGCACUGUAGAAAGAAACCCAGUUUAUGGUGCCAGCAUAGUAUAUAGCCUGUUAGAAGGCAAGUGACUCAGGUAAACACUAAUAAAUGUUUGUGAUGUGUAUUUGUUGGAAAUAUUAUGAUUGUUCACAUCUCAGUAAUUUAUUUCCUGUUAUCUGAAUUACAGACUUCUAAAGAUAUGUGCAGCUACAUGUUGGUACUGUGCCUAGACCAGUAAAAUUGUGUGUGGUGCCAGUGGCCUUGUGCUUAUAAUUGUGUAGAUGUUCUGAAAUUUCAGCUCUAGAGAAGAUGCACAUUAAUAUAAAUUAUUAUUUAGUAAUAUGUACACCAAAUUGGUAAUUAUAUGGAAGCAUGAUUCAGGAAAGUAGAUGACUUACUCCUAAAUACUUAAAUAACUUAUGUAUAAGACCAUGUUUGUAGCCACAAUGAGCGAUUUAAAAAUGAUAAGGGGUAGGCACUGUGACUAUACUCCAGUAACUUACAAUACAGAGGAGGUAUUAUAGCAAAAGAUAAAGCAAGUUAAACCUAAAACCAUCUUUGGUACCAUUCUUUAUACACUUCCCCAGUGGUAGGUAAGUGUUCUGUCUCCAGCAGACAAUGAUUCUCUCCUGUGUCUAAAAUAAAAGGGGUUUGAGUUCCCCUACCUAUAAUCCUAGUUAUAAAUGAGCUGUUUGAAUUCAUGUACUGGACCUUAUCUCAGUUAUUAAAAAAUAGAUUUACCCACCAUUUUAGACAGCAUGCUUGUUUACAUGUGUUUCUUUUUUCAGCUGAUAUAUGAAAGUUCAAAUGGAUAAUUAUGUCUGAGUAAUGCAUCUUUUUAUCAUGUAGCAUUGUCUUUAUGGUGAUCCAUAAGAGAAUUUUUUUCCAGAUCUCAGAACCAGGGUUAUCUGCUCCUGAGGAUGAAAAAAAAACAUGUUUUUAUCUUACACUGUGAUUUUGUAACUUAAUGCUUUUCCCUCAUUGUUCUGACUGCUAGAAAGCUCAACAAAACAGUCCACCUCAACCAACUACCUAAGCCUGUAUUUAUUUUACUUUGUCAUAUUUCUUUGGAGAGUAUCUCAAAUCCUUUUUGAACAAUAGUUCAAAAAGACACUUAUUAGCAUCCCACCCAAGACAUUUUAGAAGUGGGGCUCAUAUUUCCUGCUUAGCCUUUCAUUGACUCCCAUGAAUACCUCGCUAAUUCUUACUGGUGAUUUUAUUAUAUGUUCAACCUAAUUUACUCAUUUGGAAAGAAAUGUAAAUUUCUGUAAAGAAGUCUCAUACAUAUAUACAGCUCAGGGCAGCCUGUCAUUGAGGAAUGAGUAUUAGACCAGAAGCCAAGAAAUAUGUUUUAGUAUUGUCGUUACCAGUUGCUGAGAAUUAUUUGACAAAUCAUAGCUUCCCUCUUUCUGAGUAGUUAACUUACGUGCCAGGAUUGCUCUUGAAGCCAUGGAGCAUGGUUCAUGGAGAAAUGAAGAAGAACUUAUAAGACCAUACUACCUCUGGGCGAUAAUCCACCUCACGCUUAGAGAAGGUGACGACAAAUCCAGCCCAACUUGCUCAGUAGGGAGGAAGAACAAGCCACUUGUGUUGAGCAGCAGGAAGGCCUUCCCCCCCUUCCUGUCACCCUGAUAGCCAAAGGCAGGUACCUGAAGUGAGGAAAGUAUUUGUGAGCUCCAAUGCCCAGUGACAGACAAGACUCGCGGAUUGUGAAGCUGGGGAAACCCCAAUGGAAGGAGCAAGAGGAGUGAUGUGUAUGGUCAGAAGUCUCUGCCUCUGCCUGAAUCCAUUCCAAGACCAAGUAUAAAUGGAUGUCUGUCCAUCGUUUUGUACUAAUAUUCACUUAGCUGUCUUCUUGAAAACUUGUAUGUGAAAUAAUGUCCACA